UGAACGUAAUUUCUAGCCAAGAAUCUAGAUCUAGAUCAGACUUAGAAUGAAGAUUUACCUUAUGACCACAUUUAUAAUAUUUCUAAAUAAAGAACUGAGUAAAGUGCAAGUCGUAGCAGUGAUAGUAUGCACUUUUGAGAUCAACUAUUAUGCAUGGUCAAGCGAGGAACCAAUCUUUUUAGAAACAAAGGGGGAAUGCGAACAAAGCUGCUGGAAUGCUGAUUGGUGUAAAGGCUAUGAAUUUGCAGUCUCCUAUUGCAUUCUAAUGAGAGAAAUUAAGAAUGGAACUAGAAGAGAGAGAAGUUCAGCUUAUCUUAAAUACUGUGCAGAUGUAUGUGCAACUGGAAAAGAAUACAAGAAUAAUAUAUGCUCUGAAUGUAACAUUGGUUUCUACAAGGAUCGAAACGCAAACAGUAACUGUACGAAGUGUCCUGAUCAUAAAAUAACAUUGGGACAAGGUUCUAGCUCUAUUACUAAUUGUUCCAUUACACAUUGUGAACUAGGAUUCUACUCAAUGGACAACAUUUUCUGCCUUAAUUGCCCGAUUGGUACCUACAAAAAUUUUACUGGGAAUCAGCAGUGUUUACAUUGUCCAAGUAAUAGAACUACAACACAAUAUGGUAGCACUGACAUUACUAAUUGCUCAUUUGCACACUGUGUCCUAGGGUUCUAUUCAAUGGAUAACAUGUCCUGCUCUGUUUGCCCCAAUGGAACCUAUAAAAACUUUACUGGAAAUCAGCCAUGUGUAAAGUGUCCUAUGAAUAGAACCACAACUAACGUGGGUGCUAUAGACAUCAGUAAUUGCUCUUUUGCACAUUGUGAACCGGGGUUCUAUUCAAGUGACAACAUUUCCUGCUCUAUUUGCCUCAAUGGAACGUAUAAAGAAUUUACUGGAAAUCAGCCAUGUUUAGAAUGUCCUAGGAAUAAAACUACAACAGUUUUCGGUGCUACUGACAUUAGUUAUUGCUCUUUUGCACACUGUGAACCAGGGUUUUAUUCAGAGGAUAACAUUUCCUGCUCUGCUUGCACAAAUGGAACCUAUAAACAAUUCCCUGGAAAUCAGCUAUGUUUAAAGUGUCCCUUGCAUAAAACAACAUCAAACGUCGGAAGUACGGAAAUAAAUAAGUGUUCUUUUACUCAUUGUGAACCAGGGUUCUAUUCAAGGGACAACAUUUCCUGCUCUGUUUGCCCCAAUGGAACGUAUAAGAACUUCACUGGAAAUCAGCCGUGUUCAAAAUGUCCAAUGAAUAAAACAACAAGAAAAGUUGGAGGUACUGACAUUAGUAAUUGCUCUUUAGAUUGUCCGACAAUUUGCGUAAAAAAUGACCCAUGUAAAUAUACAGGGACCAGCAGUUGUGUAUGCCCAACUGGAUAUUACGGACCACAAUGCUCAAAGCGGUGUAGUCCAGGAUGUCUAGACGAUUCGUGCAACAAAAUGAAUGGAACAUGUCCAUGUAAAGAAGGCUACUUCGAUGAGAAGUGCUUGAAAACUGGUGGUUUGGCUCAUGCCAAUCAAUGGAUUAGCCAUUGUAAAGAAAAUUGCUCUAAAGAAAUGAAUUUUAAAUUCGACCUCUGUUACAUGGGCUGGUUUGGUGACUCCUGCCAAUACAGAGAUCUGGGUGUGGAAGCCAUCAUGGAUGAUAAAGUCCUGAAUGACAACGAUCACAGCACCUGUGUGAAACGUAACAAUAUUACAAUAGAUUGGCAGCUAGAGAUACAAGCUAUUACAUGGAUUAGACUGGUCUUUACGAACAAUGAUGACGUAAGGGAGAUAACCGCAUUUUAUUUCAACAACAACGAUACGAAUGCCAGUCUUGACUGUAAUUCUAUUGACAUGAGGUAUCGCAAGGUCGGAAACACAUCAAUGGAUUUCCAUUGCGACGGCUCAUACUUUGUCACUACAGUACAAAUAUCUUGGCAAAGUGAAAGCCUUCUUUGCUCUGUCCAUGUUAAUGGAGGACGAAAUGUUGCAUCUACAGCCAGGAAAGUGAGAUGGAGUCUCUCUGAAUACAAAUGGAUCAACAUUGAGACACUGACAGAUGGUUACUAUGGUCGAGAUGGCUGUUUGACAAUGAACUCUGGUAUAACACUUGAACUUCUUUUAUGGCAUGAAGUCUACUCAGCUCAAGUUUUACUUUAUACAGACUUUUCAAGAGACGACGGACGAGGACUCUACUCUGUGGAGCUCAUUGACGCCUAUGGAAAGAUUCAGUCCAAGAUGUUUUCCAGUGGGAAAGAUGUCUUUGUUCAGACAGCGUUUUUUAACAGUUUCUUUGUUUUUAGAUCUGUUAAUAUCAGAGUAUUGAGUGGGAAAUUGGAUCUUUGUGAAGUGGAAAUUUACGGAGAUUGUAUCUCUCCAUAUUACGGCUACUCUUGUCUAGAUAUAUGCUACCUAGCAUGUCUACACCAGGACUGUACCUAUAGUGGUGAAUGCUAUGAAUGUACUCCUGGUCGCACCGGUACAUACUGUGAAGACCGUUCAUACAACUCUACUGACUUCGUAACUGAAGCAGCCAGACAGUCGUCCACUGUGGCACGUUUUAGUGUCGCGAAAGUAAAAUCUGCCAUAAAUAAAUAUGUCGUGAUAUUAAUAGUUUGUGUCCUUACACUUUUAACUAUCUUCGUUGGUAAGACAUGCUUUUCUUCUCAAUCUGACCAAGUGUUCAGUGAGGAAGAGGAAUAACGUUAUUCAAAUACAUUUCUAUGAACAUAGAUAUUCUUUACAUUUGUUUGUGCUUGCUUAUAGAAUUUGUUUUGCUUUUUUUUAUUUUAGUUCAGAAAUACUUUUAGUCUAUGCAAGUGGAAUCUGGGUUGUUAAGCGCUUGGCUUCCGAACCUGGUGUACUAGUAAAGACUGAAAUUUUGAAUUUCGAAAUUUUUAAGCGCGCCCCAGAGUCCACCCAACUCUAAUGGGUACCUAACUUUAGAUGGGGAAAGUAAAGGCGGUUGGUCGUUGGGUUGGCCACAUGACGCCCUGCUUGUUAACCGUUGGCCAAAGAAACAAAUGACCUUAACAUCAUAUGUCUUAUAGAUCGCUUGUUUCAAAAUGGGAAUUUACUUAAAAGCUAUCAUGCCACGACAUUUAAAAAUUAACAUUAGUAUGCAGUUUCAAAAUGUAUUACUAUAACUUUCUAUGUAGUCUAUAACAAUCUCUGUAGUCUAUAACAAACAUAUAGCAUAAUUAUAUAACAAAAGACAUCAAAUUAAUUAUUGAAGGUAAAAUAAAUUAACAAGAAAUACCUUAAGCUAUUUGAUAUUUAGUAUCAACACUUGACAUUAUAACUUGAUUAUUCCUGCUGCGGAAAAAGAACGACUCCCCGCUUCUCAAACUCUAUGCAACUUAAUGGUCACGAAAGAAAAAAAGAUUUUACUCUUUUGUUGCUUUUUUUCCAAACGCUUCAGGUAUCUUCGUGUAGGAAACUGGAAUGGAUCUCUUCAUGCGUUGGGACUUUUACCUCUGAUAUUUCUAAUUUGUCACAUCUCCUUUUGUUCCUCGUGACUUGUGACUUGUAGCAACCCGAAUGCAAUGAACUGUGCUUAGGCACCACACUUAGUGCACUAAAGUAUGUCACUUGAUAUAAGGACAAGUGUGGCAACGGAGAAGACUCAGCAUAUCCACAAAAAUGAAAGUCUACAGUGCUGUGGUGGUUCCUUUACUUAUAACCCUAGUCCUGGACAUUGGACAUUAAUUACUGUCACAUCAAUAGCUUAACUUCUUCUACCUACACUUUCUAAGGAAAAUUCAUAAUGUACAUUGGUCUGGCCAAAUACCAGUUAAUAAAAACCUUUCAGUUGUCUAACAUAAACAGUAUCCAUACCACAGCAAAUAAAUAAAAAGUUGCAAUUUCGAUGAAUGGGACACGUAGUCGCAUGCCAGAACAUCGCAUUCCCAAACGACUUCUUUACGGGGAGCUAUGUGAGGGAAAGGGUUAUGAAGACAACCUUAAAAGCUCGUUUAAGGACUGUGAUUUUGACAUUCACUGCUGGGAAGCACUAGCUCUUGGUCGCUUUUCCUGGCUUAAAGCCGUGAGUGUCAGCGUCACGAGAUACGAAACAAAAAGCGUGGUCAGCAUGAAAGGGCGCUAACCAACAAAAUGCUGAGAGGCCUAUCUGCAAUUGACUAAACCUAAUAUGCCAUGUAUGAGUCAGGCAUUUUAAAGCAAGGAUUGGACUCUACAAUUAAAGUCCUUUUCGAGUUCAUUGGAAAUGAGAAAUGUUAUUAUCUUCGACCAAUAUUUGUUCAAAGGCUUUAUUAAGGCCUGAACACCCCCUUCUUUUCGUUUUUUUUUAAAUAAACGGACCAUGUUUUUAUUUCGCCCGUUAAUUAGUGCAACUGUAACAAUGACAUUUCAAGGUCUUCUCUCUGGAUUCUUUUUUUCUCUCACAUAGACUUUUGACUUUAUUUAGAAAGACCCGAUUCAUAAUGCGACCCCGAAACUUACACGCUCUCAUAUUUUGCUGAUUAAAUUAGUAGCACUUUUACUAUCUCGUCACCUUAACCUACCAACGAAAAAAAAGGUUAGUCAUUCGUACAUAUUCCUACAUGUAUCUACAUUUUCCUUGGUAUUUUGUUAUCUAAAUAAAAAGAAAUAUCAAUUUGGUUUUAUUAAUGUUAAGCCUAAUCGUUUAGUGGACCUCAUUGAAUGGAGCGAAAUGACGAUUAUUCUAGAUGUAUAAGUUCAAUGCUUCAAAGACCAGCUUAGGCGUCAAAUUUUCUUUGGCUGAGUAAAAGAGAGCACCUGGCUGCAUGCGGCGUCGGAACGAGACAGCUGGAGGUCACUCACAAAGGUCGCGGAAUACAUAUUUGAGACCAAAAGAAAAGCUGCUGCCGAGGACUAACGCAGACGACGAAAAGAAAAUCUAAAUCAACCACCUGCGGACAAUGGUUAUG